AUUUAUCAUUUAGACUCGAUUUUAUCCGCAUAUUUGAUUAGUCCAGAUCAAUAAUAACAGUAUCCAAGAUCAUACCUUUUUAGUAAUAGAUCCUGUUAUUUUUUGAAGUUUUAAUUGAUAUAUAAAAUGAAAGAUUUCUUAGUAUUAACUCUAUUUUUAUUAAUUUCUCCGAGUUUUGCUUUGUAUUUUCAUAUGGGAGAAACUGAAAAAAAGUGUUUUAUUGAAGAAAUUCCUGAUGAAACUAUGAUAACGGGGAAAUACCGUACUCAAUUGUAUGAUGAUUCUAUGAAUGAUUACCUGCCUGCUAGUCCUGGUAUUGGUAUGCAUGUAGAAGUUACUGAUCCAGAGAAAAAAGUAGUUUUAUCCAAGUUUUAUGCAUCUGAAGGAAGGUUUACAUUUACUUCACAUACUCCUGGCGAGCAUCAUAUCUGUUUAUACACUAACUCUAGUCGAUGGAGUUUAUUUGCUGGAGGAAGACUGAGGGUUCACUUGGAGAUUUUAGUAGGCGAACAUGCCAACGACUAUGCGCAAAUAGCUGCAAAGGAUAAACUUACCGAACUUCAGUUAAGAAUGAGACAACUCCUUGACCAAGUUGAUCAGAUUACUAAAGAGCAAGCGUAUCAACGAUAUAGGGAGGAACGCUUUCGGCAUACAAGCGAAAGUACUAAUACACGUGUUUUAUGGUGGGCACUUUUUCAAACAGUCGUCUUAUUAUGUACUGGUUUCUGGCAAAUGCGACACUUGAAGGGUUUCUUUGAAGCAAAAAAGUUAGUAUAAUUUCGUUUGACAAUAAUAGAAAAACAAUUUUAAUAGAAAAGGUUGUAUUAAAAAAAUUUCAAGAAGUUUUUGAAAGAACGUGAACAUAAAUGAAAUUUUUUAAUUGCUGAAAAAUUUUCGAGUUCAUUAUUUAUCUGACAACCUGAGGUUUCUGUUGGGAAGAGAUAAAAAAUCAGAUAAAUAGACUAUGAUUGUUUAAUUUUUGUCAGGGCUUUGCUUUUCUUUUGGAUAAUAACAUCAUUUUCUUUUCCAUUUAUUUUGCUACACAGCGUGAAUUUGUUUUUUUAUAUUGGUGCUUUUUUUGUGUGUGUGAGUUUUAGUUAAACCUCCAUCCCUUCAAUGUUAAAUUAUUGUUUUACGGUUUAUUUAAAGAAUUUAAAGCAUUCUGUACAAUUAUUUUUCAAAUAUAUAAAACUCCUGUUGGAACAGGAGAAAACCAUAAA